AUGAAGUCUUUGAGUGACCUUUUGGCCGUAAUUUCGGCUGAAAAGCGUCGUCUAUGCUAUGUGUUUAAUCUGGACGGCCUUGGAAUUUUCAAACAGCUCCAGUUUGAGGAGUUUCUGUACAGAAGAGCCACCAGCGUCUCAAAGAACUGCGCGUUUCUUCUCGUAAACAACUUGGCUAGAACCGAAAAGUCCUCGAUAAUCCUCGGUCUUUCCGGAAAGCCUGGCGACUUUAUCAGGGACAUUCAGCUUUGUCGUAGAGAGAAUGUGGAGGUGAUCAAGAGAUUUACCGGAGGUGGGACUGUGGUUGUAGACAAGAAUAUCGUAAUAUCAUCCAUAAUCGCAACUCAUGAAUGGAUGAAUGGGUAUGUGAACAGACAUGCCGGAGCUGGUGCAUAUGGAGGUGUCGCUUCAUCUGCGGAUCCCAAGACUCCCAACAUGCCUGUGAUAUCCCAGUGGCUUGUUGACGCCAUUUAUCGCAAGAGCGGGAUUUUCAACUCUAGAUUUGGACUCCUGGACGGGGACUUUGUUGUAGAAUCGCCUCUAUCGCAAUUUAAAGGUUCUGAAUCGGCCAAAGUACAAGUCGAGAGUCCAGAGAACAACUCCGUGCAUUACAAAGUGGGAGGGAAUGCGCAGGCAUGUUCUACCAGUGCAUUCGUCUAUCACACAUCAUUCCUCUGGUCAAUUUCCCCAAACAUUUCCAGGCUUUUGGUAAAGCCUAAACGGAGGCCAAAGUACAGAGGAGAACGGGAUCACGGUGAGUUCCUCAAGAGCGUUCAACUGGGACUCUCUAACGAGUAUCGAGACUCUGGAAAGUUUGCAAACGCCCUGAGGGGAAUGGUUGAUGACUAUCGACUCGUAGAGAUUGAAGGGGAUUCUCGGAAUGAAGAAGAGGUGACGGACAAAAAUCACCCCCAACGGUUAAUAAUCAGAGGGAAUGUUAUCGAUGAAGCCAUAGAAUCAAUGGACAAACUAUCGACGGUUCUUUUGGAUAUCUAG